AUGUCGUUGGUUGAGGGAGAGCCUUUCUACACCCGGAUUGCCUCUUCUGACAACAGCAGCAGUGCCAACAGCAAGGCGACGUUUCGCAGCUCCCAACUGUGGAGAGCGUUGCAGUUGCUCUCCACUCAAGCUUCUCGCUCAACCUCCUCCAACGAGCCUGUAUCGAUCGAAGAACUGAUCGAAGCGCUGCAAUUGAACCACACCUCCGUUGUGUCUGUCCCCAACAAACAUCCUGCCUUAAAGACCACUCUCCGCGACGUCCAACAUCUGCUACAAACACUUCUGGGCAACCAUCACAACGUUCUGCCCUCGCUUCCAGCCGUCGGCCUGGACUCGCUCGGUGUGCGAAACUACUUCAGCCCGUACGCUCUCGCCACAGACGGCGUGAUGGCAAGCACGCAUUCAGGUCUUACACUCGUUCGACAGGGUACGUCCAGUCACGGUGCUCUUCGAGCUGUGGGCACACACGGCUUUGCCAUGUCGCUGCAACAAUGGAAUCGGAAACUCGACACGCUAUUUUUGGUGGAAGUCGAAGAUGGCAAAGAGUUGACGAUUGCGAUCAACCUUGAGAGGGGUUUGACAAGUAUCAUCCUCACCGACUUGAUCGAAAGCACCGCUGCUGAAAAUGAAGGGGAAGACAAAACCACAAGUAUGGGGGAGUGGAUACGCAUUUGGUUUGGCAAUGCAGUGCUCCUUUUCGACUGGGCUCACGAGGAUUGGAUGGAUCAAAAUUGGGCUGGAACGUACCGCUAUCAGCGCCACGCCGAAGAUGCAGAGGGCACGCAAUUCAACUGGAUUGAAGUGGAUGUCCAGAUCGACGAGCGAGUACCUUGGAUCACACGUAUCGAGUACUCUGCUUACCCGAACGACACUUCUUCCAGAACGACUUCCUCACCUUCGACCUCCGUACUGAAGAAGUACAACGUAGGAGGCACAUCCGACUUCCUUGCUGGAUGGACUUGCCAGCUUUCCCCCGAAUCCUUGUCUCGCUGCUAUCGACCCCUUGUUGGAGAUGACGAGGGCCAUUGCCGCUGCAGAGGGUACCGCCGUGACGGUAAGACCAUUUCACACAACCGUGUUGGACUGUGGCCGUCGAAAACUCGCAAGCUGGACGGUGGCAGGAUGUGGACCAUUCCGCAGGGGACGAUUCGACGCGAUGGCAGUAGCUACAUGGAUCAGGGUCUAGGAGGAUGCCACGCUCUGUGGAAAUUCGAUGCUGAGCAGACGGUGCCAGAGAUGCAGCACUUGGGCUAUCAUGUGCAGUUCGUGGAGGGUAAAGACCAGCUUAAGUGGUUGCUGCCAGGAUUGGUCAUGGAUCGGGUUAGGAAGUGA